AUGCGGUUCCUACCAACCAUUCUCAGCGCUGUGUCGCUCUUGAUUUCUGUCACCAAUGCCUCCCUCUCGACCGACAUCCUGUAUUGGCCCCUGGGAUCGUCACAGCCAUCCGUCCUCGCGCGCAUCUCCUACGACCCAAUCUUGAUGAAAUCGGAUGUGGUUUCAUAUCAACCCCCAAAGGAUGGUCAGAGCGAUAGUUUGGUGCGCGUUGGUCUCUAUACUUCCACAUCCACACACACAAAGCAAUGGGUGGGAAGUCUCGUGUCGUUGUCCUCCUUAGCCAGUGAACAACCCACAUUUCGCCUUCACCUCGGUCCAACCAACGAAGUCUACACUGUCUCCCUCUCUACAUCUAUCAGCCCCCAAGACUCAACAUCUGGUCCUCGAAUUGACCUCGUCUCGAACGAAUCCGGGACGCAGCCUCACCUGAACAGGCCAGUGGUUGUCGGGCCCGACGGGCAGAACCCAGAGCAACCCGAAGAAAAGUCUCUUUUCCAGAAGUACUGGUGGGUUCUUCUGAUCAUCACUUUCAUCAGCAUGUCCGGGGGCGGAGAAGGACAAUAG